GCCAACUUCCUUCAAGGAAGCAAAACUAGUCAAUCCGAGUGUUGAGUUACACUGAGAAAACAACUCAGGAAUCCGAACUGUUUUAGAGUUAUGGUUCUGUAAACAUGUUUUAGUUUAAGAAUUGGUACGCUAUAGAGGAAUAGGGUUAUCUUGAUAAUCAUUUGGAAUUUAGAAACAAGGAAGGAAGUUAAGAGUUAAAGACUGAAAGGUGGUUCAAAUGUUUGGGGUUAACAAAUGCAAACAAAGGCUCAGGUAAAGUCAAACCCAGAGGAGAGCCAUGACGGAGCACUUGCUGAAAAUACUGGUUGUUGGUGAUGGAAAUGUUGGGAAAUCCUCCUUUGUGCAUCGCUACGUCAACGGACAGUUCAACAAGAUGUACAAGAUGACAGUGGGAGUUGAUUUUUCUGUGAAGCUGCUGCACUGGUCUGAUAAAGAAAAGGUCAGACUGCAACUGUGGGACAUUGCAGGCCAGGAGCGUUUCAUAUCCAUGACCAGGAUCUAUUAUAAAGGUGCAUCAGGCUGUGUCGUGAUGUUUGACGUCACCAGCUCGUCCAGCUUCCUUAGCUGUCGCCAUUGGAAACAGGACCUGGACAACAAGGCCAUGCUGCACAACGGAGACUCUGUCCCCUGCAUCCUGCUGGCCAACAAGUGCGACCUAGCUCAGCGGGUUGUGUCAGCAGACAGCAUCGACAAGUUCAGUAAGGCCAACGGCUUCGUUGCGUGGAUGGAGACGUCAGUCAAAGAGAACAAGAACAUCGAAGAGGCUAUGAGGAGGUUGGUGCAGGAGAUUUUGACAGUUCAGUCCAAUCUUGACCCACGUCAACCCGGACCCCAAGACAACGUUUCUCCUGAACUGGACUCAGAGUACAACAGCAGAAAAGGCUGCUGCUGAAACACUGGGUUACGCUGAGCAGAUCCAAGGGCACAAGUGAAACAAAGGAUCUCAUACGUGUUUUUAAAACUACGUUCUGAUUGGAAAAUUCUUGGGUGGGUGAAAGCAACAUCACCAGUUUUACUAUCUCAAAACUAAAUCAGCUCAAUUUUUAUUAUAGCCCUUUAAUCCCAGUUUUGUGAAUGUUUACGUUGACUUUAUGUGUGUAUGAGUGGGGCAAAGAGUGUGAUGGGAGCUCCACAUGGUUAACGAAGUUAUGAUAACUUGUGGAAACUAUAAGAUUUCAGGGCCCAAUGCAAAUGUUAAAGGCCAAUUUAUACUUCUGCAUCAAAUCUACACUGUAGCCUGACGCGCACCUAUCCCAAAAAUGUAACUACAUUUCGCAACGAGGCAGAGCAAAAGGAAUGUCAUUGGUCAGGUGGUAGCAGUGCAUUUUCUGCUACGCAUUACCAGCUUGUUUUUCUUCUGCCUCAACCGGUUCAAUGGUCGUACAUUCUCUUGUUUCUGCAUUUUAGUAAUUUCACUAAAAGUAACUGCUGUUCAAGAUCUAUCAGUUCCAACCCCAACAUGAUCCGCUCAGUUUCAGUCACCAUUGUUUGUAGUUGUUUGUCGUUUUGCCGGUGUAAUUCAGACACCAACACACAAGUAUACAUGCUCACGAUGAAACGUAGCCUACACUGCUCAACACAAAAGCACAAACUGGCCUUAAGAAAUUCUAGCCUAAAUCAGACUUUCCAUGACUAAAUGUCAUUUUGUUCAGUAUUUUUCCUUUUAGAUUUUCAAUUGCGGAAGGAUGUUCUGUGCAGUGAACUCCACUAUGGCUGAAAUUGAGUUUUGUAUAUAAAUAUAUAUUAGGGCUGACCCCAAACAAUCGAAGAUUCGAUGCUUCAAUGGGCGGAGCCUGAUUCGACCGUCAAUCUCACAGUCGAAUCUUCGCAGCAGGGGUUAUGAAUAUAGGAUCAUACCAUGGGGGAGGUCAAUGUCUCAUUUAACAUAGAAUUACUGUUUUUCUCUCAAUAAGUUAAUCUACAGCAUAUUAUGAUACAAAUUUCAACAUAUAAUGUAGCUGAGUUCUCAUAUCCAUCCCUCCCAAACCCUGUUUCUCAACUCUUUCAAUGGGCUGCACUCAUUAUACAAAUAAACUACCUUGUAUACCUCACAUAUUGGCGUGGUGGUUGUGCAGUGGAUAAGACACAUGCCCCGCUGCGACACACCCGCCAAUGUGUCCCUGAGGAAGUCAUUUAACCCCUGGUUGCUCCAGAGGCGUGCAACCUCUGACAUAUUUAGCAAUUGAAAGUCGCUCUGGAUAAAAGCGUCAGCUAAAUUACUUAAUAUUAAUGGUCUUUGUUAGGGGCGGCACGAUGGUGCUUUGGUUGCCCCGGCCUUUCUGUGUGGAGUUUGCAUGUUCUCCCCGUGUCUGCGUGGGUUCUCUCCGGGUGCUCCGGCUUCCUCCCACCAUCCAAAGACAUGCAGACUAGGUUAAUUGGUGACCCUAA